GCGUCCUUUGAGCCGAUAGAAAAGUGAGGGCAACGUUUUUCUUUAUUCGUCUUUGUCCUCCUUGCGGAGAAAGAACGGGAGAUCCCGGCGCUAGCAAAUACGGUUGCGCGUCGAUCCCAACGAUCGGGGGAAGCGAUUCAGACGAGGCGGCUGCGGCGGCGGUGUCGGCUGCGCGCAAAGUCCAGAGGAGGCACGCAAGGCCGGCCGGACGGACCGCGGCUAGCAGCAGGCUAGAGAAUGCUGGCUCCAGUGAGGCUGGGUCUGCCCACCUGACCUUUGCCACAUCAUGCUGUGUCCUUGGCGUGUGAAGCUGAAGCUGCUGCUUGCCACCGUGACUCUGGUUUUCCUCAUCUCAUGGCUUUACCUCUUUAUGGAUGGAUGUUCCCUUAUGCUGCCCCCGUGCUUUGGGGAACAGUCAAGUCAGUACCUUGACCGUGAAGCCUUGGCAUCCCAGGUGCGAAAAAUGGAAGAGGAAAAUCAACUGUUGAAGCUGAAGCUCAGCCACUCUCAGGCACAGGAGGAGACCUUGGGUAGAAUGGACUUCAACCAGCAGUUCAUCAAAGAGCAGGAGGGAAGGAGCAACUAUAGUGGUUGCCCUAAACAGAGGAUGGUUCGGAAGUGUGAGCUCCUCCAUGUUGCCAUUGUUUGUGCUGGAUACAAUGCAAGCCGGGAUGUAGUUACCUUGGUGAAAUCGAUCCUCUUCCACAGGAAGAACCCUCUCCAUUUCCAUCUCAUCACAGACUCAGUGGCCCGACAGAUACUACAGACAGUCUUCCAGACCUGGAUGGUGCCCUCGGUUCAAGUUAGCUUUUACAAUGCUGAUGACUUGAAGCCAGACAUUUCCUGGAUCCCUAACAAACAUUACUCUGGAAUCUAUGGGUUGAUGAAGCUGACACUCACUAAAGCUUUGCCCUCUGACCUUUCCAAAGUCAUCGUCCUUGAUACUGACAUCACAUUUGCUACUGACAUUGCGGAGUUGUGGGCUAUCUUUGGGAAGUUCUCAGAUAAACAGGUGAUUGGACUAGUGGAAAACCAAAGUGAUUGGUACCUGGGGAAUCUCUGGAAGAACCAUAAACCAUGGCCGGCAUUGGAUCGUGGUUUCAAUACAGGGGUGAUCUUGUUGCUGCUGGAGCGUUUGCGCCAUCUUGGCUGGGAGCAGUUAUGGCGGGUGACAGCCGAGCAAGAGCUCAUGAAUAUGCUGUCCACCUCACUAGCAGAUCAGGACAUCUUUAACGCGGUGAUUAAACAAAAGCCAGCCCUUGUGUACCGGCUCCCUUGCUUCUGGAAUGUGCAACUCUCUGACCAUACCCGUUCAGAGCAGUGCUACACGGAGGUGUCGGAUCUUAAGGUGAUUCAUUGGAACUCUCCCAAGAAGCUGCGAGUCAAAAAUAAGCAUGUGGAAUUCUUUCGGAACCUUUAUUUGACCUUCUUAGAGUACGAUGGCAACUUGUUGCGCAGAGAGCUGUUUGGCUGUGCCAACUUGCCCAGUGGCCAGCUCCAGCAAGCUUUGGAAGAGCUGGAUGAAGACGAUCCUUGCUAUGAUUUUCGGAGGCAAAGCCUUAUUCAGCACCGCGUCCAUCUCUUCUUCCUGCAAUAUGAAUUUUCAGGGUCAGCUGAUGAAAUAGAUGUAACUCUCAUAGCUCAGCUGUCCAUGGACAGGUUGCAGAUGCUGGAAGCGAUAUGUAAACACUGGACAGGCCCCAUUAGCCUGGCUUUGUACAUGUCUGAUGCAGAGGCCCAGCAGUUUCUACGCUAUGCUCAAGCAUCGGAGGUGCUGAGUAACCGUCAGAAUGUUGGCUAUCACAUUGUAUACAAGGAAGGGCAGUUUUACCCAGUCAACUUCUUGCGCAACCUGGCCCUGAAAAAUGCACAGACCUCCCACGUUUUUCUGAUGGAUAUCGAUUUCCUGCCUAUGUACGGCCUCUAUGAUUAUCUCAGGUCCUCCAUCAUGCAGCUGGAGCUGCCCCCAAAGAAGGUAGCACUCAUAGUGCCUGCAUUUGAGACUUUGCAUUACCGCCUCAACUUUCCUAAAUCCAAAGCGGAGCUGCUCACCAUGCUGGACAUGGGCUCCCUCUAUACUUUCAGGUAUCACGUGUGGCCCCAGGGCCAUGCUCCAACAGAUUAUGCCAAAUGGCGGACAGCCACAGUGCCGUAUCAAGUGGAAUGGCAACCACAGUUUGAGCCUUACGUUGUAGUAAGGCGUGAUUGUCCCCUCUAUGACCAGCGGUUUGUAGGCUUUGGCUGGAACAAGGUGUCUCACAUCAUGGAGCUUGAUGCUCAGGAGUAUGAGCUGCUUGUCCUGCCCAACGCCUUCAUGAUCCAUAUGCCUCACGCUCCUAGUUUUGACAUCUCCAAAUUCCGCCAGAGUACUAGCUAUCGGAACUGCCUCCAGACUCUGAGGGAAGAAUUCCAUCAGGACCUGUCCCGCAAGUAUGGUGCGGCGGCACUAAAAUACCUCACUGCAGAGAGAAGUUUAUGAAUGGCAACCAGAAUACCAAAGGAUCAUGUGACCUGCAAAUGGACGAGGCUCAAGACUUCUUGGAGAGAAACUCAUCAGAAGCCCAGUCCUCCUAGCUAUGGUGACCUAAUGGUACGGCCAUGCCUAGAUUGUGAAUGGAAUUUUAGCCACAGCUGUCGUUCGGGGCUAUAUUUUGUGGCAAAUUCUAUUCUCAGAUUAACUAGGCAAAUUACAUUUGUAUGCAUCUUCCUUUUUUUUACAGAUUGUUCCCAGAUUAAGAGGAAGUCAGAGGAAAAGAGGGGGAAAAUGUGUGGCUUAAGUGCUCCUCCUUUCUCACAUGCACUGUUUUAAAUCAGUGCUUGUGUUCACCGACAUUCAAUGAUGGAAAGGAACACUUUUGUUCAUAAUUGUAGCAUUUUUUUUCUCUUUCUGUUUAUGAAAUAGCAAGGGCUGCCAUUACUGUUUUCUAGUGUCUUCUCUUUGCCCGUUGUUCUCUAGCCUUUGUUCUUAACAUAUUUUAUAAGAGAAGCGGCUCUAAUGGCUCAAAUCAGAGCUGAAAGGGGCUGCCCUGUUCAGUGCAGGAGUCCAAAUUAAACAGACAGAUGGUUAUUUAGUCUUCAAUUGAAUGGAUCCAUGAAGGGAAGUCCACCAGAUUUCUGAGUAGUAUAAUUGAUUUGGACUGUCAAGUGACCUUCGGAAGCAAUCUACUUCUAAAACCUGUUGUUGGGUAACACAAGUUAGGAGAGGGUGCUGUCCUGCUCUUUGAUUUUCCUCUGGGUUUUUUUUUUUUUUUCUUUUUUAUAUGUUCAGUUGGCCGCUAUGAAAAUUGAAUGGGGAACCUAGGUAAACUUCUGAUGAUAUUACCUAGUUUGGAUAAUGAAACAUCUGCAAGAAAACAAUCAAGCUCAGAGAGCACCAAGGACCCCUCAGAUCUCAUUUCUAGCCUCAUCCCCUUUCUCGUUUUGGCAUUUCCCUGAAAAUCAAAUUUGAAGCAAGACAAUUCAUUUAAUGUUAAUGUUGAUCUUUUUUCUUUUCCUACCUGCCUCUGAAUAUUUCUCAGCAUUUGCAAGAGAAACUACCCUGUGUUUCUUACUUAUCUGUUUAGUUAUAGCCAUAUUGAUUGAAGAGCUUUUUGUGCUUAACCGUAUUCUAAAACAAGAACCUUAUGUCACGCGGGGAAAAAGAUUAAAUGAAAAGAAAUCCAUACUACAUAUUUAGCUGAGAAUAUAUGGCAUAAAGUAAUGCUUUAUGCCAUAUACAGUGAUGCUUAAAAAAUUCUAAAAAACUCUUGAAUUUUCAAUAGUUCUGUGUAAAUAGGAGCUAAAAUAUUAUCUGUUCUCCACCCAACUCCUAACACACAAUAAAAAGAACCCAAUUAAACAAAUGAGUCAAAAUAUAGUACAGAUUCAUUGAUUUAUUGCGCAAAGUGACCCAAAGGUACAUAUUUAUAUGUGACAAAUGACUGUGAAAGUUUGCUUUCAGUAGCUAUCAUGCCAGCCACCCAAACCUGGGUAGCAGUAGCUGUAACUAAACAUUUUCAACAACUAUUGAUCUGUACUACACACUGUACUGGUGGAAAUUUAGCCCACUCCUUAUGAAACAGGUUUAAUUUAAGGUUGUUGGCAGGUUUCCUUGCACAAGUUGCCUAUUUUGGAUCCCUUCUACAACGUUGUUGUUUUUUGUUUUUUUGUUUUUGUAAAGUUUUUUUUCUACACGUUUUUAUGUGAUUGAAAUCAGGACUUUGACUUGCCUUUCCAAACAUUUUUAUGUCUCGGGUCAUCAUCUUGCUGCAUGAUCCACGUUCUCUUGAGCUUCAGUUCCAGGACAUUUUUCUGUAUAAUUUGGUGGCAUAAUUCAGAAUUAUAGUUCCAUCAGCGAUGGCAAAUCAUCCUGGCCUAGAGGCCCAAACCUGAUACCAGCACUGCAUUUCACAAAUGGGUUAAAAUCCUUAUGCUGAAAUGCAGCAUUUGCUUUUUGCCAAAUGCUUUUCAUACAAGCUAAAAUGUUUCUGUUUUGAUCUCAUCCAUCCACACAACAUUUUUCCAGUAGACUUUGACUUAUCUGUGUAUUCUUUCACAGACUGUAGAGAGGCAGCAAUUGUUUUUAUUUUCUUUUUGAGAGUAGUGGCUUUCUCCUUACGACGUUGCCAUACAUACCACUGUUAUCCACUAUUCUGCCAUGCUAGUCAUCAAUGCAAGAAACGCCUCUUGGUUCCUUAAGUGUUUCCUGGGGACUCUUUGAGACUUCCUGGAAUAUUUCACACCUUGCUCUUGGGAUGAUGCUUGGUCAACAACUCCUGGGGAGGGUAACAAUAGUUGCCUCCAUAUGAUCUGCCCAAUAGUGGACUGAUGAAAUACAAAGUCUUUGGAAAUAGUUUUGUGAUUUUUUCCCAGUCUGAUGAGCAUCAACAACUGUUUUUCGAAAGCCUUCAGAAAUCUUUUGUUUGAGCCCUGACACACUUCUACACCCCUGUGCUGUGAAGAUUGUAGAAUUGUUUUUUAAAAUAAGGUAGAACUUCCCAUGCUCACACCUGAUUAUCAUUACAUUGAUUUAACCACCUGACUCUAUUUGUCUUUUCAAAUAAACUGAUCAUCCUAGAGCAGAUAGGUCAAACUGGCAGAUCACAGGCAGGCCACGCCCACCCCAGCUCUGCUAGGGGGGAAAAUGUCACGAUACGUCACAUGACGGCAACAUGACACCGUGGGUUUGACACCCGUGUCCUAGAGUUUCAUAUACUUUUGCCACACACACAAAUAUGUAGAUUUGGAUCAUUUUUCUCAAUGUAUUAAUGAGCAAAUAUUUUCAACUCAUUUCUUAAUUGUGUUCUUAUCUAGUUUUAGGAAGUGUGCAGGAUGAUCUAGAAGACAUUUUAGAUCAUGUUUAUGCAGAAAUACUGAGAAUUCAAGAUUUCAUGAACUUUUAAGCACCACUGUAGUACAGGUAGUCCUCGAUUUAGAACAGUUUGCUCUGUGGCCGUUUGAAGUUACAAAGGCACUGAAAAAAGCAACAUGACCAUUUUUUUAUACUUAUGACCGUUGCAGCAUCCCUGUGGUCACGUGAUCAAAAUUCAGACGCCUGACAACUGGCUCAUAUUUACGACAGUUGCAGUGUCCUGAGGUUAUGUGAUCCGCUUUUGUGACCUUCUGACAAACUCAAUACGGAAGCCAGAUUCACUUAACUGGCGUAGUUACUAAUUUAACUACCGCAGCGAUUCACUCAUCAAAUGUGGUGGGGAAAAAAUCAUAAAAUAGAGCAAAACUCACUUAACAAAUUUUUCACUUAGCAACAUACAUUUGGGGCUCAAUUGUCGUAAGUUGAGGUCUACCUGAGUUUUUGAACUAGGCUCGGCUAAGCAAAUGCUUUUGAAAAAUUUAAGAAGGUAUUUUUGAAGUAAAAUUUCCUUUCCGUUGCCCCUUUUCAUUGUUCCGCCAUCUAAAAGUGGUGAUUGUGCCGUUAUGUCACACAGAAGCUCUAUUUGACUUCUGCACUCACGAAAUCACCUUAGUGCAGCUUAAUUUACUGCUCAACACUGCCAAGCAAACUCUUUCCUCUCCAUGGAGGAAGGUGAAGUUCAUCCAAGGCCCUUCAUAUUUCCCAUCCCUAAAUUACAACAGAGUCCCCUGCCCUAGCGAUGGAGCUAGAGUUUCAAUUUGUAGGCAGCUGAAUCUUUGCAGUCUUGGAAGUCUUUUCUGCACACUGUCAUCUGUAUAGAUGCCUAGGGAAUCUGAUCAAAAAAUCAGAUUCAAAAAUCAAAGAACACCUGUUGUUUGAUUGGAAAAACCUAGAGUUCCAAGAUGGUAAACAUUUGGCUUGCAGUACUUCGGAUGUUAUUAAAAAGAAGCGAUUUGGAACGUGUGUAAGCACGAAAGCAUCUUCCACUCAUUAAAGCAGCAUUGUCUUCAGGAUCAUGUAACUGCAGAAGUCUCCUGGAAACGGAAAUAGCUAUUUUAUUGAGUCACAGACAGUGUAUUUGUACUGCUGUGUAUUCUGAAGCACAUCUUCUGAAUCAGAUCCAAGGAUUGCACAACCCUUAUAACAACGUGCUUUUAAUGAAUGCUAUACUGGAUUGUGUGUUGGGAGCAGCUUCAACCUAGCACUUGUUCAUAGUUAUGAAACACUGGAUUACAAGGAGUUGGUUCUUCAGUUACUAUUUAUAUAAUUUAAACUGAUUUCUCACUACAUGUAAAUUGUGCUUCUUGAAUUUUCUAACAGUUCCUUUUUAUCUUUGUGUUCUGGAGAAUCUCCGGUACUUUCUGCUGCUAGGCUGUUUCUUCUGAUUUUUCUGGUAUUAAACUGGAAUGUAAAAGUGAUGGGACUGAAAUGUUCCAUCCUAAUUUAAGGUGGAGUCAUAUAAAUAUUGAUCCUAGUCCAAGUUGAAAAUAUAGAGAACUGGUUGUAUUUCUUGCCUUUUUUUAAAAAAAUAAAUAAAUAAAGUUUUUAGAAAUUACUUUUCAA